AUGAUGCCGAAAGAGAGAAUCAGGCGUAUCUCCAGCCGGGAAUACGUCCUUACGCAGCCCCCCCCGACAAACAUCCCGUCAAAGCAGACCUUCCACAACGCGUAUCUGCAGCCCCCACAGCCCAACAUCGCCAACGAAAAAGAACUACACUUACCUGUGCGUACACCGCGGUGGUAUUAGAGGUGGUUUCACGUUGCUGUUUACCGGUGCGGAUGUGUGAUAACGCCCCGACGGUCGACCUGCCCAGAGCUUCAACCGAUCCAACCCCCGUGCACUUGACAGCGUGUCCGUAAUGGGGAUUAAUCUUUUGACUGGGAACUGCUGGUCAUCCAAGCAGCUUAGGUUAUGGGCAUUUUAUGUCACCCGCCAGAACUCUGGUUCAAGGUCUGUGGAUGGAGAACUCAGAGAUUUGCCCACCUGCACAGGCGGCGGGUUUUCGCGCCAAAAGGUCAAGAAAAGGGCCUCUUGCGGGGUGCGGGCGACAAGUACACGGCGAACCGUCCGACGGUGGUGAUAUGCUUUGCUUCGCGUGUGGGCGGGUUGGACCAGGACCAGGUGGGAGGUGGAAGCACGUGGGGAACGGCCCAAACUCUGCAGGAGUGGGCUGCGCAGGUCGGUGAAGGAUGGGUCCAUGACCGUGAUCUGGUGACAAGGCCUCUCACGGCUGGGGAAUGCGUAUGCCGUCGCUCCGACUGUGUGUACGACCUGUUCGCUGUGUUCAAGAUCCACUGUUUGAAGGAAAAGACGGGUUCAUGGGAUACUAUGAAGAUAGGACAAAGGUCUCGUACGGGUCGCUAUCCAUCGACAAUAUCGCAGGUUCGACACCUUCUCGAGCAUGUUGGCGUCGAAGGCAGCGUCCUGGAUGCUAGCGGGGCAAGCGGCGACGCUGUGAGCAGGGUGCUGGGAAUCAUGGCAUGCGUGUCAUGACGAAGGACUUGAAUGCUGCGCUGGGGGCCGAUUACCAUCUCAACGCUGGGUCAGAUGCCUUCCGCGAGGUGUUCACGGAGAAGGCGGUGCGGCCGGCGUGGGUCGUCACGAGUCCACCCUACCGUCAUGCAUUCUGUGUUUUGGUGCAAGCGUUGCGGGUGGCACGUGCAGGUGUAGCUUUUAAGCUGAGAUUGUCAUUCCUGCAACCAACUAAAACGCGUGGUGAAUGGCUGAAAGCGAACCCACCCAGCGCGAUUGUGGUUCUGCCCCGCGCGGUUUACCACGGUAGGACGUGCCAUUCGACGGAGGCUUGGGUAAUUUGGCACAUUGGUGCAAGUGUAUACAUACCACGGAAGCAGGCUAUUUUUUUCUCCACGUCGUAACAACAUGCGGUGAUAGGACAAACUAAUAGGCUGCAGAGUGGACAAUGAUCCGUCGUGCGUUUCACACGUCCACAAGUCGACAGGUUUGUUGGGGGGUAGUGUACCGAGCGUGCCCCAUGUAUUUUAUGGGAUAACAUUGUUCGCGCCUCCC